GUUGAGUUGUUGACCGAUUGACGAAAAAGAGGAAUUAAAUGUAGCAAAUGUGAGUCUGAUUCCAAAAGAUUUAAAAAAGAGCACGUCCGUCCAUGUGUCCAUGUACAAGAAAUCAAGCUUACUCUUCUUGUAGGCUCUAGCUGAAGCCAGAGAAUUUCCUCUCUCUCUCUCUCUCUCUCUCUCCAAACUUUAUUCUCAAUCAGAGAAAGCAGAAUCAGACAAGACCGAUGGCCUCACGUGACAAGAAACCAGCGAAGCCGUCGAGCAGCAGCCGCGCCGGUGGUAUACGCACGCUCUCGGAUCUGAACCGAAGGUCUGGACCUGAUUCCGACAGCGAUUCCGAUAGCCCCCAGGAGUACUACACUGGUGGCGAGAAAAGUGGCAUGCUUGUUCAAGAUCCUUCAAAGAACAAUGAUGUAGAUGAGAUUUUCAAUCAAGCUAGGCAACUGGGAGCAGUAGAAGGACCUCUUGAACAUCUUCAUCCAUCAUCAAGUUCAAGAAGUUUCACCGGAACCGGUAGAUUACUCUCAGGGGAAACUGUACCUUCUGCACCUCAGCAGCCUGAGGCUGUUAUUCACAACAUAGUUUUCUGGAGCAAUGGUUUCACUGUAAAUGAUGGCCCUUUGAGGAGGUUGGAUGAUCCUGACAACGCAUCUUUCUUAGAGAGCAUCAGAAAGUCUGAGUGUCCAAAAGAGCUUGAGCCUGCUGAUAGAAGGUCUGCGGUUCAUGUCAAUCUGAUAAGGAGGGAUGAGAACUGCCCUGAACCAGAGAAGCAGCGCCAUGUAGCAUUUCAGGGUGUAGGAAGAACUCUUGGUAGCAGCGGUAGUUCUACGGCAGCUCCUGAACCAACCAUCAGUCCCACUCCUCUCAACGCUCCUCCAAACCCUACUCCUGCCGUGGUUGUAGAUGAAAGUUUACCAUCAACCUCAAUUCAGCUUAGGUUGGCUGAUGGGACUCGCAUGAUAGCCCAAUUCAAUUUGCACCACACCGUCGAUGAUAUCCGUGCCUUCAUCAAUGCCUCUAGGCCUGGGGGUGCAAUACAUUAUCAAUUGCAGAUAAUGGGAUUCCCUCCUAAACUUCUUACUGAUCCAACCCAAACCAUAGAGCAGGCAGGCCUUGCCAAUUCCGUGGUCAUUCAGAAACUCUAGCUGGCCUGCAUGGAAAGUUUCUAUCUAGUCAUUACUAAAGCUGCCUAUUGUAGCACUUGGAAAAAUAUCCAACAACUGGAACGAUUAUGAACCAUUACUAUAUACAGGUAGCAGAUUUUGAUGGGCUGAUUGUUUUUGAAUUGGAUUGAAUUGUUUAAUCCUUUCUUUUUUCAUUCAAA